UCCCACUGCGCGUGAAUGCAUCAAACUGCAAAGCUGGUCGAGGAGCGCUGAUCAGAGAGCAGAGCGGCGGCGACGGCGUCCAUCUUAGAGCUGCCGUGGUAACCGACGUGCAUCCUCUGGACUGUACUUCUUCCAGCGGGAGCAACAUUCCGCCAGACCGUCGAGGGAAGAAGAAGGGGUUUCUUUUUCUUCACUUAGCAAAUAAAAAAUAAAUAACAACACUGCGCCGCGGCUGCACUGGGAGUCGUGAUGCGGUUCCGAGGGAACGCACACUUUGCAUCCGCCGUCGGAGCGGUCCUCGGACUAUUAUGUGCGGUGGAGGCAGCCAAAGUCAAUAAGCACAAACCAUGGAUCGAGACGACGUACCACGGGAUCGUGACGGAAAACGAUGACAAAGUGCUUCUGGACCCUCCUCUGAUUGCUCUGGACAAGGAUGCUCCUCUACGCUACGCAGAGAGUUUUGAGGUGACCCUUACCAAAGAAGGGGAGAUUUGCGGCUUCAGGAUCCACGGGCAGAAUGUCCCCUUCGAGGCAGUGGUCCUGGACAAGUCCACCGGCGAGGGGGUCAUCCGAGCCAAGGACAAGCUGGACUGCGAGCUGCAGAAAGAGCACACCUUCACCAUCCAAGCCUACGACUGCGGAGAGGGUCCUGAUGGCGCCAACAUGAAGAAAUCCCACAAGGCCACGGUCCACAUCCAGGUUAACGACAUCAAUGAGUACUCACCCGUGUUCAAGGAGAAGUCCUACAAAGCCACCGUUAUCGAGGGGAAGAAGUAUGACAGCAUCCUGAAGGUGGAGGCAGUGGACGCUGACUGCUCCUUCCAGUUCAGCCAAAUCUGCAACUACGAGAUCGUCACUCCCGAUGUGCCCUUCACCAUUGACAAAGAUGGCUUCAUCAAGAACACAGAGAAGCUGAGCUACGGCAAGGAGCGCAUGUACAAGCUGACUGUGACGGCCUACGACUGUGGAAAGAACCGGGCCUCCGAGGACGUUCUGGUCAAGAUAAGCAUCAAGCCCACCUGCAAACCCAGCUGGCAAGGUUUUAAUAAGAGGAUUGAAUACGAGCCGGGCACAGGUAGCCUGGCUCUUUUCCCCAGCAUGCACUUGGAGACGUGCGACGAGCCAAUCACGUCCAUCCGAGCCGACAUUGAGCUGGAAACCAACCACAUCGGCAAGGGCUGCGACCGCGAUACCUACUCUGAGAAAUCUCUGCACAAGCUGUGCGGAGCCAGCUCCGGCACCGUGGAGCUUCUGCCUCCGCCCAGCAGCUCCGCGAACUGGACGGUAGGUCUGCCCACCGACAACGGGCACGACAGCGACCAGGUGUUUGAGUUCAAUGGCACCCAGGCCAUCAAGGUCCCCGAGGGCCUGGUGAGCACCAGCCUGAAGGAGCCCUUCACCCUCUCCGUGUGGAUGAGGCACGGCCCCGGGGCCCACGAGAAGGAGACCAUCCUCUGCAACUCCGACAAGACAGAGAUGAACAGACACCACUACUCGCUUUACGUCCACAACUGCAAGCUGAUCCUCCUCCUGCGCCAAGAUCCAUCCGAGGCAGAGAACUACAAACCAGCCGAGUUUCACUGGAAACUCGACCAGGCGUGCGACAAAGAGUGGCAUCACUACGUGCUGAAUGUGGAGCUCCCCGCUGUGUCUCUGUUUGUGGAUGGCACUACGUUCGAGCCCUUCCUGGUCACAGAGGACUACCCGCUGCACUCCUCCAAGAUUGAAUCGCAGCUCACCAUUGGUGCCUGCUGGCAAGACAACUCAGGACAUGACAAUGACACUGAGUCAGUCUCUGAGCCCACCUCAGGUGGAAAUGCUCGGAUGGCUCAGUUUUUCCGCGGGAACCUAGCGGGCCUGAUGAUCCGCUCUGGCAAGCUGGAGAACAAGAAGGUGAUUGACUGUUUGUACACCUGCAAGGAAGGACUGGACGUGCAGCUGCCCGAGGAGGUGGCUUCAGCUGUCAAGGUUGAGUUCAAUCCCAACCAAUCCUCCAUGACUGUGGAGGGCGACGACAUUGAUGCAUUCGACAAGGUCAUGCAACACAUCUCCUACUUGAACUCCCGCCAGUUCCCGACCCCUGGCAUCAGGCACCUCCGCAUCUCCACCACCGUCAAAUGCUUCAACGGGGAGUCCUGCGUCACAGUGCCAGAUGCCGAAGGUUAUGUGAUGGUGCUGCAGCCAGAAGAGCCCAAGAUCAGCCUGAGUGGCAUCGACCACUUUGCCCGCAGCGCUGCCGAAUUCGAGAGCCAGGAAGGCGUGACGCUGUUCCCUGAACUACGCAUUGUGAGCACCAUCACCCGCGAGGUGGAGGCCGACACGGAGUCUGAAGCGGCAGAGGGAGCUGAUGACGACCCCACGGUCCAAGAGACGGUGGUGUCAGAAGAGAUCAUGCACAACCUGGACACAUGUGAGGUGACUGUGGCGGGAGACGAGCUAGAUGGGGAGCACGAGGGCCUGGAGCUGGACAUGUCCCAGCUGCAGCAGCAUGGCUUAGAAAUGAGCUCCUCUAACCUUGGCCUCAUCGUCACCGGUGUGAACACCAUGGCCAACUACGAGCAGGUCCUGCAUCUUAUUCGUUACAAGAACUGGCACACCGAGGCUCUCUUUGACAGGAAAUUCAAGCUGGUCUGCUCCGAGCUCAACGGUCGCUACAUCAGCAAUGACUUCAAGGUCGAGGUGAAUGUCAUCCACACAGCCAAUCCCGUGGAGCAUGCCAACAAUGCCAUGGUGCAGCCAAACUUCAUUAACCCUGUGCAUCACGCCUCUGUGGAUCUGUCCGGUCACAACCUGGUCAACGCUCACCAGGCCUCAGUGGUACCCAGCGCCGCCACCGUCGUCAUUGUGGUGUGCGUCAGCUUCCUGGUGUUCAUGAUCAUCCUGGGCGUGUUCCGCAUCCGAGCCGCACACCAGCGUACCAUGACUGACCAGGAGAGCGGCAAGGAGAACGAGAUGGACUGGGACGACUCGGCCCUCACCAUCACCGUCAACCCCAUGGAGACGUACGAGGACCAGCACAGCAGCGAGGAGGAGGAGGAGGAAGAGGAGGAGGAGAGCGAGGAUGGAGAGGAGGAAGAUGACAUCACGAGCGCUGAGUCAGAGAGCAGCGAAGAAGAGGAGGGCGCGGAGCCGGAGGACCAGCAGGCGGCCAGCAGACAGCAGCAGCUGGAGUGGGACGACUCCACCCUCACUUACUAAAACAACACACACACACACACACACACACAUAACACUCAACACCAGCUCACACGCACGCAGGCACAUCACCAACUCACACUCACUCAGAUCCUCAUACUCACUCCUCCACACACACCCCUACCCCUUACAAGGAGCCAUGAUGUGAUAAUAAAUACAAAAAUACAAAACACAAAAUAAAAAAGCCAACAAAAAAGCGACAUAAAAUUUCCUUUCAGCAUAGAUAUGGUCAUGGCUUUCCUGUUGUUAUCUCAGUGGUGGUACUCAGUGUAGUGUAGUAAUCACCGGAUUGCUGAUUUUUUACAGUUUUACAUUUUUUUUAUUUAUUAUACUUUAAUUCCCAGGAAAACUUGGCCUACAAUUCUUCUGAACUGAGUGAGGAAGCCAACCCUGCACUUUUGUUUUCUCUCAGACGUAAAGCUUUCAAAUGGAGCCUUUUCCCCCUCUGAUUUCUUUGCGUGAUGCUUUUAGAAUUGUUUGCCGCUAAUCUCACGUAGAGCUUUGACUCGAGUUUUCUCGAUUUCUAGUCCAUUUUGAACCUAAAGGAUGCUUUUAACAACUUUUUUUAUUCUUUUAGUGCAUGAAAAUAUUUGAGAAGUCGUGUAGAGAAAUAAAUUGCUUUUUAAAGAUUUUGUAAAUAUAAUACACCAUGUAAUUAGUCAAUGUGUUAGUGAAGGCCUACUCAACAGGGUCCAAUAUCUAAAACGACGCGGUUCGUAAUGUAGAAUAUUUGUGUCACACAAGCUGCAGCACGUCGCUAAAUUUCUGCAAAAGAUGUUCAUCAUGCUUGUACAAAAAUGUCUGCUACAUGACGAGAAAUCCAGGACUGUUGAGCGGAGGUUUCCAUGACAAAGUGGUGUCCAUUUUGUCUUUUUAUUUUUUGCAAAGAGAAAAAUGUAUUAUUUAGCUUUUUCGUAGGCAGGACCGGUGGAUGGUUUCAGCUUCAUACAUGGCUUUGCUUUGCUUGCACAGGUGGCAAUGUUCUACUCCAGGCGUAAGUGUAUUUCAUUCCCAUUAGAUCUCACUGUUGUACAGACGGGAUCUUUUUCUUCAGAUUUCCGAGGAUGAUUCAGAUUAAUCAUACUCAGAAAUGCUCAUGUAAAAUCUGCAUUUUUGUGUGAAACGGUACCAACACGAGGCCAUCAGAGGACUGCAGUGCUGUUGGGCUUGAAAUAUGGUCACUAGCAUUUCUGCCAGUGAAUUUGGACAUUGUGAGAGAGAGAGAGAGAUUUCCUCAGCAGCUUUAAAAGCCGUUGGUGCGUACCCCGCUGCUGCUGUGUGGACAGAAGUAGGCGAGGCAAAGCUCUACAAACUACCCAAAGAGCGGAGGAAUGACAGACGCAGCGGAUAGUGGAGCCCGGUCCAAUAGGGCAGGUGCUGGCAUUGUUUUGAGAGAGAGAGAGAGAAACGAAGGUACUUUUUGUUUUAUUGCAAAUUCAUUUUCCUUGUCACGGCUAUUUAACCGGAAAUAAUCAUAAUAAAGACGUAUAGUGGAUGCAUUUUUAAACUGGUUCCAAUUGCAGAACAUGCAGUGUCAUUAUCGAGGAAUUCCAGCGUAGGUUAUGACUGCAUUGUUGUAAAAAAAAAAAAAAUUUAAAAACGGUUCGCAAAUUCUUCUUCUUAAAAUAAAAUAUUUUUUUUUGCCGUAGACCACUAGAUUUUAUUGUACAUGUAACUGUACUGUAGAGUUGUUCUAAGAUAUUUGUUUACAUUUGGUAAACUUGUUUUCCUUCUGGUGUCUGUAUAAAGCUUAUACAAUUGAUUUGGAAAAUGUGUCCAACCUCUGUCUCUCAGACACUGUUGUCCAUCACUGUCGUGUGUGUAUAUAUAUAUAUAUAUAUAUUCCACACCAGAUGCAGAUGUACCACGCUAAACUAUCUGGUGUAUGUCUCAUGUGUUUGGGUACCAAGUCAAAAUGUUAUCAUUUCCCAAACCUGGAUGAGUUAAAGCAGAUCAGAUUUGGGGAAUAAAGGUGAACAGAAUGUGGCGUUACAUUGGGAUUAGAAAUGUUGUUGUUUUGAUUCUCAUAUUUAGCACAAGUCUAUUGUCAGAGGCCAAAAUUGAAUUCAUAUACACAUUCAAGGCUUUUUUUUUAAAGACCGUUUGCAGGCUUCUUAUGAAGGUUUGACUUGCACAGUUGUUUCUUAGGUUCAAUUAAUUUAUACUUUAUAAACCGGUAUGUGGUGGAAUUUUAGUGAACAGUCUCCCCUCCAUGAAAACUUUGGCUUUUAAAAAGGGGGCCAGGUCUGAGCCGGCUGAGAUGGGAGUGCCUUUUUCCGGUAAUAGCGCAAUUAGCAGGUCUAACAGAAACACUCGUCUGUGCUCUUUUAUUGAGGCAAUUUCUUUUUGUUUGUUUUUUAUUUGUAUUUAAUGCUAGAUUUCUUAGAGCUGGGGAUUACAUCUGGUUUCAGUUCGUUGUAACAGUAGUCCACUGCUAGUUUUACUAAAAGUGAAAAACGUUUUACAUAGAUGUCAUGUGUCAAUGUUGAUGUGUAGAGGACGUAGAUCCAUAUUGUAUGUUCAAUAGAUAUUGUACUAAAUAUACAGUACAUUAUGAACUUGCUUUGCCAGCAUACAUGGGUAUACUGUUAAUUGACCUAUUUGUGUGUAGUGGAAGCUCAUUUUGAACGGCGUCCUAUUGCCUGAGUUGUUGAGAAAUGAUUUUGAGGGCAGCAUGAAAUUCACAAGAACCACAGUAUAAGCCGGUCAGAAAUCUCUGUUUUCUUUACAUCAAACGCUUAAGUCUAUAUUCCAUCUAUGACCACGGCUCACUGAUACGUGCACACUGGAUCAUGAGUCAAGUCUCCAGUGACUCUGCCACCUCCAGUUUUCUGGGUGUAAAGCUUUCCCAUCAGCCCCGAAGCAAAAUGUGAGUUGGUUCAAUUCAAUGUCACUGCCUAACAAGCUGAAAUGCAGCCAUACUGUAAUAACACUCAGAUUUAAGGGGAAUUUAAUUUGCAUGAACCACGAGUUUGUGUACGUUUCAUGUGGUGUUGUGAGACAGGAGACGUGAUACACUACUGAUUCUCAGAAUGUCUGUUUCACACGUCCACCACACUCCAGAUAUAUAUUUUUUUCUUUUCUUUUAAAAAUGUGCUCAAAACUGAAGGUGACAAUGUUUUCAGAACGGUUGAAUGCUUCCUUUGUGCUUGUUGGAGCUGCUCUCACUUUUUUACCAAUUCAAAGGCAAAUUGUAGUGAAAUUGAUGCUUGCUCGUAAACAAAAUAAAGGAUGAUGAGAUGAGGUAUGA